AUGCUUGUUUCCCUUAAAGUUGUAAAAUUACUUUCAAUCGCGAGUAAUUUCAAUUUAAGUUGCAUCGAUAUAGAGAGGAAAGCACUUCUUCAAUUCAAAGAAGGCCUUGAAGAUCCAUCAUGUCGGCUUUCUUAUUGGGUUGGCAAAAAUUGCUAUGAAUUGAAGGGUGUAGGCUGUAGCAAGAAAGGUAAUGUCAUUCGACUCGACCUCGGGAACCUAUAUACAACUGCCGUUCCAAUGGAUUUGAUGCCAAAAAGUGAGGCAAAAGCCUUGGAAGGGUCAUGUUUACACGUUGACGCAAACUCAUUCUCAAGAUCAAUUCCAACAUUAAUUGGGAGGUUGUCCUUGUUGGAGGAAUUGGACCUUGCAUUCAAUAAAUUGAAUGGAACCAUUCCUGAAAGCAUCGAACAACUCAAGUCUUUAGCUAAUUUUGAUAACCUCCGAGGAGAGAUCUCAAAAUAUCUCAUAAAUCUCUCAUACUUAGGUUUCUUGAAUUUAUCUCGGAAUCAAUUGAUAGGAAUGAUACCGGGAAUGAUUGGAGACCUAAAACUUUUAGAAACUCUAGACCUCUCAUCCAACCAUCUUUCGGGUAUCAUUCCUUCAAGCAUGUAUUCUAUGACUUCUUUGGACCAUUUGAACUUGUCACAAAACAACUUAUCCGGACCAAUUCCAUCAACAAACCGGUUUGGUACCUUCAUUGAUCCUUCAAUUUAUGAGGACAACCCCGAACUUCGUGGUCCUCUAUUGCCAACAAACUACUCCAAGCUGGUUGAUGAAGGUAACAAGGCUAAAAAUGACAACCGCAAAGAUGAUGGUGGUUGGAUUGAAAUGUUAUGGUUCUACUCGGGCAUUGGAGUGGGAUUCUUGUUCGGGUUUUGA